UCACGUUGAAGACGCCGCGCGCUCGUGCUCCGGUUGAUACUGUUUCACGGCACAUUUUACAGUCAGCUGGUCGCCAAGUAACGCAGUGAACACACGGUGAUCUAGCCAAUUUUAUAACGCGAUCGUUCUCUGUGCUUGACACGGCGAUAGGCUAGAUACAGUUCGAUCGACUGUCAUCGCGACGAUUCCCUUGCGUGUACUCUCAUCGUGACAGCUCCUAUCUUCUUCCUGUUGCAGGUUUUAUCACCGGAACACAUUUGUUUCUGAAACAAGACAGAAGUGCGCCGGUCUAACCAGAGUCUAAUACUAUUAAGGAGUUGACGGGUAUCCAGUUGGAAAACGAACGCUUCUAACAGUGUGUCGCAGUUGAUCGAACUAACAACGUUCACUGAGACUUCCUUAGUUUAAUAAGAGAUGACUGGAGGCGGGACCAACAUGGCGUAUCACGGUCUUAGUCAACAUGUCAAUUUCGACAUGAUACCGGAUCCUGGCGAGCGUUUUCGAUUGGAAGAAUUGAUCGGUGAGGGUACAUACGGCGAAGUAUAUGCCGCUUACGAUAAAGAAACUGGCCACAAGGUAGCCGUGAAGAUACUGGAGAACGUCGCUGACAAUAUCGAGGAAAUCGAGGAAGAAUAUCUAGUGCUAAGAGACCUGAGCCUACAUCCAAACAUACCUCUUUUCCACGGUUUGUUUCUAAAGCGUGCGAAGCCUGGUCAGGAAGAGGAUCAAUUAUGGUUCGUGAUGGAGCUGUGCACCGGAGGCUCCGUAACCGAUCUCGUGCAAGGUGUCAAAAAACGCGGCAGUCGUCUAACGGAUCAUCAAAUAGCUUACAUCUUGAGGGAGACGGUCGAGGCUCUGAUCUUUCUGCAUAGUAAUCACUGCAUGCAUCGCGACGUGAAGGGUCAUAACAUUCUGCUCACUGAAGAAGCGCGUGUCAAAUUGGUCGAUUUCGGCGUGUCCUCGCAUCUGGCCGCGACUCUCGCCAGGAAAAAUACAUCUGUCGGGACACCGUACUGGAUGGCGCCAGAGGUGAUAGCUUGCGAGCAGCAAUUGGACUCCUCGUAUGAUUCGCGCUGUGACGUCUGGUCGAUCGGCAUCACCGCCAUCGAGUUAGCCGAGGGCGAUCCUCCAUUGUCGGAAUUGCACCCCAUGCGAGCGCUCUUUCAAAUCCCGAGAAAUCCUCCGCCCUCCCUGAAGAAUCCGGACAUCUAUUCGCCGGAAUUGACGGAUUUCAUAGCCGAAUGCCUGGUGAAGGAUCUCGAGCAUCGACCGUUCGCGAGCGAAUUGAGGGAGCAUCCGCUAUUGUCGAGUGUGGAGCCGAUCGUGGAGAAGAUCAGGGGGCAAUUGAGGGAAGAGAUACGUAGACAGAGAGCGGAGGGUCGAACUCAUCGGCAGCCGGAGGUGACUACGAAACAUGGCAAAUUGAAGACGGACCGCAAGACGAGACCGGAGAAGAUGUAUAUGGACGAUCUGGCGGCGCUCGACAUGCUGUCGGAAGAAGCUAUUGUCGAUCAAUUGCAGCACAGAUACGAGCAAGCGCAGAUAUACACGUAUAUCGGCGAUAUACUGGUUGCGGUUAAUCCUUUCACCAAUCUGGGUUUAUACACUGGUAUCGAGCAAAAACGAUACAAGGGUCAAGCGAGAUCGGAUAAUCCUCCGCAUAUAUUCGCGGUCGCCGAUGCCGCGUAUCAAGCGCUGCUUCAUCAACGUCAGAACCAGGCAAUAGUUAUUAGCGGUGAAUCGGGCGCCGGGAAGACGGAAAGCGCAAAUUUACUAUUGAAACAGCUCGUCUAUCUCAGCAAGGCGCCAAAUCGCAACCUCGAAGAGAGGAUACUUCAGAUAAAUCCUAUAAUGGAGGCUUUCGGAAACGCGACGACCGGAAUAAACGCCAAUUCCUCCAGAUUCGGUAAAUACCUGGAUCUAACAAUGACGAAGGGUGGAAAGGUGACCGGUGCACGGAUCUCGGUAUACCUAUUGGAACAAUCACGCGUGAUCGCUCAAGCUGAGGGAGAGCGAAACUUUCACAUCUUCUAUUACAUGUACGACGGCUUGGAGGCGGACAAUCGCCUCUCGGAAUUUUAUCUCGACCCUACGCUUCGAAAGUAUCAUCGAUAUCUCACGCAUUAUAGUCACACAUCGCAGACGCACAUCGACAAAUUCCAGCAACUCAAGAUGGGUUUCAAGGUGCUCGGAUUUCACGACAGCGAGGUAGACACGGUGUAUCGAGUUUUAGCCGCUAUACUCCAUCUAGGUGACAUUGAGUUCGCCGAGGUGGCAAGCCAAGACAAUACCGACAAUAAGAGCAGAGUCAUCGAUCCUAUUCCGUUACACAGAGUUUCGAAGCUGCUCGGCGUCGAACAAAACGAUCUCCUGGAAGCCCUGACAUCAAACUCGGUAAUGACCAGAGGCGAGACAAUUACGCGAAACAAUACGGUGGCCGAAGCUCGUGCGGCGCGCGACGCAAUGGCCAAGGGUCUCUACGGUCGACUCUUCGAUUGGAUGGUCAACCAGAUCAAUUGUUUGCUGUGCUUCAGCCGCUCGCCGAAUUACGAGCCGCUGGCGAUCGGGCUGCUCGACAUCUUUGGCUUCGAGAACUUCCCCAGGAACUCGUUCGAGCAGCUCUGCAUCAACAUCGCCAACGAGCAGAUACAAUACUACUUCAAUCAGCAUAUUUUCACUUGGGAGCAACAGGAAUACAUGGCCGAGGGAAUACCCGUCGAUCUCGUUGAAUUCUCUGAUAACAGACCGGUCCUCGACAUGUUACUCAGCAAGCCCAUGGGACUCUUGGCGCUUCUGGACGAGGAGAGUCGGUUUCCCAGAGCGACCAAUCGAUCGCUGAUCGAAAAGUUUCACAAUAAUAUCAAAUCCAAGUUCUACGUACGUCCCAAAUCGGACGCGGUCUGUUUCGCGAUCCAUCAUUUUGCCGGACGUGUCGUCUAUCAAGCCGAAGGAUUUCUCGAGAAGAACAGAAACUUCUUGCCGCCCGAGGUCAUUCAACUGGUGCGACAAUCGCAGUACGAUAUGGUUCGUUUCCUGUUCCAAUGCCCGAUCACGAAAACUGGUAACCUGUACUCGGCGCUGCAGGGGAAUGAUUCGAGAAAAUCGCAAUCGAAUCAGAAUACAAAGGAACGUUAUUCUAGUCGAGGUUUAGCCUCACAAUCCAGAGCUCAGCAGACGGUAUCGACAUACUUUCGAUAUUCCUUAAUGGAUCUAUUACAAAAGAUGGUGUCCGGUUCGCCUCAAUUCGUUCGAUGCAUAAAGCCAAACGACUCGCGAAGUUCACGGUUCUUCGACAAGGACAAGGUUGUGAAGCAGCUGAGAUACACCGGUGUCCUCGAGACAAUACGUAUACGACAAAAUGGAUUUUCUCAUAGAAUACCUUUCAACGAAUUCCUUAAAAGAUAUUGCUUCCUCGCUUUCGGCUACGACGAGCGCGUGGUUGCCUCUCGGGAUAAUUGUCGUCUUCUUCUGAUACGUUUAAAGAUGGAUGGCUGGGCAUUGGGCAAAACAAAAGUCUUCUUAAAGUACUAUCACGUCGAAUUUCUCUCAAAGUUAUACGAGGAGCAACUGAGGAAGAUCAUUAUGGUUCAAGCAUGCGUUCGACGCUGGCUCGCAAAAAUCAAGUUCAAGAAGCAAAAGUGGCAAUUUGCCGCAUCGGCUGUAACGUUACAACGUCAUGUCCGUGGCUGGCUAUCCCGGAAACGAACGGGAGAAAUGCUGGCUCAAAAACGCGCGGAAGAAAAUAUGGCGUUCGAUUUCACGUCGAACGAGAUGAAACGUAGAGCACAGGAAAAUGUGGACGUCAAUAAUCGCGAGAAGCAACGACAAGUAUGUAAAAAUCUAAAAAAAGACGACGCCGCGAUUAUCAUACAAAGUCAUUUUCGAGGCUAUACCAUCCGCAAACGCUUUGGAUACGAGCUGGAGGAACGUUUCAAGAGGAUUUUAAACAAUUACGACAACAUAUAUGACGGCCACAAGGCGUUGUUACGCGAAGGACUGAAACACGAAGACGCGGCUCUUAUCGUUCAGAGAUGGUAUAAAAAAGAGGAGAGAGUGGUCAGAAAGAAACCAAUCGCGAAGGAUCCCAUGCAUCCUAAACUACGGCAAGCGGAUCUAAUCCAGUUCUCUCAAAAUGUACACAUGAAAAAUCAAGAAGUGCACAAAAAUCUGCGUCGCAACAAACCCGGUGUCAGAUUGAGCGACAUUGAGGAACCGCCUUUGGAUUACGUUCGCCCCGAAGGAUUCAAUAUGGUGCAGUCGAUAUUGCAUUAUCGCAGCGGAACGCAGCCGGAUGAAGAAGACAGCGUCAAGUAUUACCGGGAUCUAAAAGAGGAGAUGAGCAGUGGUUCGGAAUUCGAAGACGACGAAGUUGGCUGGGACUUACCGUUGAUACGGCUAGAAAAUGACCUUCGCACAUCGUCGAGGAAUCGGAGCAACCAGAUUCUGGAAGUGAAUGCCGAGAGAAGAGAUCGUGCGGCUCAAGGCGAUUUUGCGGUAGCACCGGAGCAGCAUCUGUCAAACAUUUGGCACAAAGCCCUAAGACAUUCGUCCGAUCGACGCGAGAACGAGAGCUCCAAGAAAAAUGUCAAUACAAGGAUUAAUGAGCUGCAUAACAACAACCUGCAAUCACACGCAGACGGACAACGUGCAAGCGACUCUCCGCAUAUCCACGAUUCAUCUGGCCUACGAUUCACAAUCGACAAUCGAUGCAAUGCCAUAAACGAACAACGGAAUACCCUAAAUGGACAGAAUCUCGCCAACAAUCAUCAUAAUCUCAUUAACGAGCGGCACACAUCGAUUAACGGCUGUAAUAACCAACCUCAUUGUAAAAUAAGUAAUGGCGUUAUAACGAGCCAAAUAAAGAUCCCGAAUACGGAACAGUCAACUAACGACCUAUCGAGUCAAGACAAGCCAGAGAGGCCAUCGGAUCAUAAACAAAAUGGUUAUCCAACGAAAAAUCACGAGAAUAACGUGGAUCAUAAGAACGGUAUUAAUCGGUUAACGAAUGGGAAAUCGGAUCAGGAACUCCAGAAAGAUAAUUUUCAUAUCGCCGCUAAUCUCAGACAACUUUUAAGGCCGACUGUGAUCGAGAAACGGCAGGAGAGCGCCAAGGUCGAGUACGAUGCUGAGGACAUUAAUGGCCCCUACAAUUUUAGACAGCUUCUAAGGCCGACCGAAUACCUCCCAACGGAAUCUCUAAGGAAGAGAAAAGGAGGACUCGUUUCCAACGGAGUGCCACUGCCGAAAGACAAAGUUCCGGAGAAACACGUUAAGAGAAGAGCGCCGUUGGCACCGACCCAAAAUAGACUGGUCAACGGAAAGAAGUGAUGUUACCUUGUAUUAUUCAGUGGAUGUAUUCAUUUCCGAGAGAUUUGACUUGACGAAAGAUGAAUGAGUAUCAUCUGACAUAUAAAUCGUGAUGAUUAAUACUGUAAUAUAUCGAAAAUUUCCCUCGUUAAACCUCCUCCCGAUAUGUAUAUACAAGCUAAGAGAGAUUUCACUAUUAUUGCCAUUAAUACGAAAGAAAAAAGGUGCAACUUGAAUUCCGUUACGAUAUACAGAAGAUAGUAGUUGUAGUAUAUAUGAUACACUGCGCAUAUAGAAUGCAAUUUUAAUAAUCGAUAAAAGAACAUUUCACAUUAAUUUGGGCGGAAAUAAUAUGAUAUAUAUACAUAUAUGCAUGCGAAAGUCGGUACAAUAUCUAACAUGACACGCGAAUUAAGCAUAAAAUGCAAAUAAUCUCCAACGGAAAUAUUAGUACUUUAUAUGCAGCAAAUAUAUUAUAAUGCAUUCGUGGCAUGAAAUUGCUCGAUUCUUUUAAGAGUAGAGAAGAUAAAGAAAGAGUUCCGCAUUUACAUAUAUAUACAUUUUCUCUUUUCAUAUAAAAGUACAAUACCAUGCGCUAUAUAAUAAAGUUGCAUGAUUUCAAAGUUUAAAAAGUUUUUCUUUAGCUAAUCACAAUAUGCAUUUGCCGAAUAACGUUUGCGUAAUAGUAGAAACAAGAUAUAUUUCACGCUGCUUUAUUUAGACGGAAAGAGACGAUAGCACUUAUAAUUAUAUAUUUGUUUUAUACCAAAUUUUUAGUAGAAAUAGCUAGUUUUAUCAUAUAAGCGUAUUUAUACUUGCGGCAAAGUGAUGUGAAACAAUAUUAUUGCGACAGAAAAAAAAAAUAAACUCUCUAAAAGUGAAUCAGUGUAUUAUCACUGAAAAACAGUAAAUAGUCAUUGAUUACAGCAGUUAUAAGUACUGCACUGUAAAUCAGUGA